CGGUCGAAGCUCAAUACUCCGUAACACGAAAUGUUGAAAACCAGACGAGUUCUGUCGAAUAAUCAUAUCUAGCAAUGUCUUCAUCUGCCCCCGAGGGGCAGGAAUCAGUCUCGGAAGAAGAGGGGACGAGGUAUCUCGAGCUCUUUGAAAAGUUGGAUGUUAACAAAGAUGGCAAAGUUGACAUUGAAGACCUCAGUCGAUCUCUUCGAGAGAUGGAAUCUUUCGAAAAACACUCUUGGGAUCAGGUGCAGGAUCACGCCAAGAAAAUAUUUGACAGAACGGACUUAGAUAAAGAUGGUCACAUUACAUUCAAAGAGUUUGUCCGCUAUCUCUCAGAACAUGAAAAGGAACUCAAAUUGGCUUUCCACAAGUUAGAUGAAAACAGAGAUGGUGUAAUAGACUCCCAUGAGAUUCAAGCAUCAUUCAGAAAACUAGGCAUUCAUAUAGACAGGGAGGAGGCCAUGAAGUUACUGCACAGGAUGGACAAGGACAAAACCCUAAAAAUCAACUGGGAUGAAUGGAGAGAUUACUUAACCUUUCAUCCAAACUCGGACCUUCAUGAUAUCGUACACUACUGGAGACACGGGUUUAUAGACUUUGGUGAAGACAGAUUAGUUCCUGAUGAUUUCACGGAAGAGGAAAUGCAGGAAGGGGUAUGGUGGCGACACCUGGUGGCAGGGGGUGCUGCAGGGGGGUUGUCGCGGACGGUCACAGCCCCCAUCGACAGGUUAAAGGUGCUACUGCAGGUAUAUAGUACAAAUCAGAACAAACUAGGUGUAUAUAGUGGAUUUAAGCAGUUAUAUCGAGAAGGAGGUGCCAGAGGACUGUGGAGAGGAAAUGGCAUCAAUGUCUUAAAGAUCGCCCCAGAAUCUGCAAUUAAAUUCAUGGCAUAUGAACAGAUAAAGCGUAGCUUCAAAGAUCCAUAUAGUGGAGAGAUAGCACCAGUCCACAGGUUUAUAUCUGGUUCUUUGGCUGGAGCUGUGGCACAGACAAUUAUAUAUCCCAUGGAGGUCAUAAAAACAAGACUGGCCCUGGGUAGAACUGGAGAAUAUAGUGGAAUUGUUGACUGUGUUUCCAAAGUAGUCAAACACGAUGGUGGGAUGUCUUUAUAUCGGGGGUACCUACCAAAUCUGGUUGGGAUCUUACCCUACGCAGGGAUAGAUCUGUUUAUUUAUGAGACACUAAAAAGUAAGCAUAAAGCCUGGUACCCAGACCACCAAGACCCCUCCAUCAUCUUCCUCCUCUUCUGUGGUGCUACCAGCUGCUCGUUUGGACAGCUUUGUACAUAUCCCUUGGCAUUAAUACGAACCAAACUACAAGCCAAAGGCAAGCUUGGAGGAAAGAAAGACAGUUGGAUAGGUUUAGGCAGGACAAUUGUGAAAGAAGAGGGAUUCUUAGGACUCUAUAGAGGAAUUAUACCUAAUUUUGCCAAGGUGUUACCAGCAGUCAGCAUCAGCUACGUCACUUAUGAACAUGUACGGAAACUGCUAGGGGUAGAUAUGUCAUAGCUUUCUGAUCACACGCCAGCUUUAUUUAUGAUCAUUUAAAAACCUGCAGAAGAUGCUUAGCAGAGAAAUGGACUAUUCUUCUCAUGUCAGCAGUCAGCUUCAUGUACAACCACAUGUUUGAAGAUGACCAGUAUGUAUUAUAACCUCGUGGAUACGCACACAGCUGCCAUGUGACCAGUUACAGCCAAUGGGAUGUAAGCUUCACAUUCUCUGCAGGACUGUCUUUAGAGUGACAUUGCAUUUUCUGGUGUUUUAAGUGAUUUUUUUUUCUUACAUUCAGCCAUCAGUGUUUUUUGAUGUCAUUUAUGGCUUACAGAAGACAAUCGACUUGCUCAUAGUUCUCUUUCUGGGAAUAGAUGCAGCCAGUUUGUCAACAGAUUAAAAAAAAGGGACUGCCAAUAACAAAAGUGACUGAUAUUUAUAUCAAAUACUUAAAAAAGGUGCACAAAUAAGAAUCAGUGCUCAGAGAAAAGGGAUAUAGAUAGGGUUGACUGGACUCCCUCAGUACCACUAGAGUGCAACAAGGAACUUGUACUGUGGGACGCAGGACGCAAUGCUCUUUGUCCAUAUUAAUGUGAUAUUUUGUUAAUGUUCAGAGUUGUUGUUUUAAAGAAUAAUGACCAAGGACUUGAGAAUGAGUAUUACUCAUUUGUCAUUGAACUUUGAAUCUUGCAGUGUAAAUCUUCUUUGCAUGUGGUCUGUAUCUUGUUCUAUUUCAGUCCUCAUCAGUGUUAAAUAUUCUGUAGAUGUGAUGUAAGGGAGUUCUCCGAGUCACGUCAGUGAGACACAUUUUGUGCAAUACUUGCCAGUUUUAUAUCUCUCUUUAAUAACUGAAGUUCUUUUCAUAUUGAAAGGCACCUAACUAUAAAUAUAUAUGUACUAAAUUGAGGGUACUGUAUAGAAAAUAAUAGGAUUAGUCAGAGUUAGGCAAAUAUUACACACAAUGUGUGCAUCACUGACGCCAUUCAGAGAACCCUUUUCUUUUUGGAAUGACCCGUGAAUGAAUUGUUGACUGAGGUUUUUCUGUUAGGUUUGGCAAUCUACAUCCCAAAUGAUUGUGUCAUGCUAAUAAUCAUUCUCAUUGUUUGUCCAUCACUUACUAGUACUAAAAUUCUAUCAAAUAUGAGAGGUACUGUAACAACUCUAGUUGAAUGUAGCUUAAAGCUUUAAGUAAUUGACUCAUGUUAUAAGGUAAACAGUUUUUUCCCCUAGUUGUUUUAAUUUAUUACCUCUUUCUAAAUGUAAUAGAUGCAUUUUGGUAAAAUUUUCAGACUGGACCAGAAUUUGGUUAACUUAGAAACAAUUAGUUUGUGGUGGUGAUCCUUCAAUCAAUGAUCAAAAAUGAAAAUUCAGCUGCCUUGGCAGAGGUCUACUCUCAUGUGUUUUUUACUUGUCAUUUAAAUAAUCAUUGCUUCUUUGUUGUGCAAUAUAGUGCCAUACUUGGUCCACCCAAGGUUUGUGUGCAUUUUGCAUUUAGAAUCAAAAUUUUUGUCUUAUGAGUAAGAGCAAUUUGAUGAAAGUUAAUGG